AAAAAAAAAAAAACAUAAUCUUAUCAAGUCAAGUCCGAAAUUGAACCAGCCAAAUCCUCUUUAUGUUGCUUUUGAGGCACGGGUCUGCUAGCAUUUUAUCUCGGAUCGUCGUCGUCGCGAGAGCUAAGUCAUCCAGUAAAUUCAACAGUGGCGUUAAUAAUUUUAAAUAUUCGAAAUAUUAGAAGAAGAAAAAUUAAGAAGAAAAAAAUAUAGUGUAAAAUAGUUUUUUUGGAUUUACAAAAACGGGUAACAAAAUGAUGCGAAUUCUACAACAGGGACCAGCAAAUGGAUCGAAGAUUUCAUCUGUUAAAGAUCUCGUACGAUUGUCUUUCAAUAGAUGGCGACACCAAGGAAAGGUGAUUGCUAUACGCCGAGAAGAUCAAUCAGUAUGGGAACGUCGGGCACCGUUUGGGCCAGCUCACGUGCAAAAGUUAGUCAAACAAGGAGUGAAAGUUAUAGUUCAGCCAUCGAAUAGAAGAGCUUAUCCAAUGCAGGCAUACUUGAGCUCUGGUGCUGUUAUCCAGGAGGACAUUAGUGAAGCGUCCGUCAUUUUUGGUGUAAAGCAAGUUCCUGUGGAAUCGUUGAUACCAGGCAAAACCUACUGCUUCUUUUCGCACACAAUUAAAGCCCAGGAAUCAAAUAUGCCACUUUUGGAUGCUGUUUUGGAGAAGAAAAUAAGGCUUAUCGAUUACGAACGAAUUGUCAAUGAGAAUGGAUCUCGACAGGUUGCGUUUGGCAAGUAUGCUGGUAUUGCUGGUAUGGUGAAUAUUUUGCAUGGCAUUGGAUUGAGAUUAUUGGCCUUGGGCCAUCAUACACCUUUUAUGCAUAUUGGGCCAGCUCAUAACUAUCGAAAUUCUUCGAUGGCACGCCAGGCAAUUCGCGAUUGUGGUUAUGAGAUUGCAUUGGGAAUGAUGCCACGUUCAAUUGGUCCACUCACAUUUGUAUUCACUGGAUCGGGCAAUGUUUCACAGGGUGCACAGGAAGUCUUUCAGGAAUUGCCAAUUGAAUAUGUUCCACCAGAGACAUUGAGGAAGGUUGCUGAACACGGAAGUCAAAACAAACUCUAUGGCUGCGAAGUAAGUCGAUCGGAUCACUUGGAACGUCGCGAAGGAGGUGGUUUUGACCAUCAGGAGUACGAACAAUAUCCCGAACGUUACAUCUCCACCUUCAACAAAACAAUUGCACCAUAUGCUUCCGUCAUUAUAAAUGGUAUCUACUGGGCUGUUGGUAGUCCAAAACUCAUUUCCAUUCCUGAUGCCAAGACUCUACUUCGACCUGCCAACACUCCAUGGUUACCAACAAGCAAGGGCUCCCCAUCAUUACCUCAUCGAAUGCUAGCAAUUUGUGAUAUCUCAGCUGAUCCUGGUGGUUCUAUUGAAUUCAUGAAUGAAUGUACAACAAUUGAUACACCUUUCUGUUUGUACGACGCCGAUAGAAAUAAGGACACAAAGAGUUUUAAGGGUCCAGGAGUUUUGGUGUGUUCAAUUGAUAAUAUGCCAACACAAUUGCCACGUGAAUCGACUGAUUUGUUUGGGGAACUCUUGCAACCGUAUGUUCAUGACAUCAUUCGGAGUGAUGCUAAGAAGCCUUUAGAAGAAGAAAACUUUGCCAAUCCUAUUUAUUCAGCUAUAAUUGCUAGCAAUGGAAAGCUUACCGAGAACUAUGAGUAUAUUCAAGAUUUGCGGGAGAAUAAUGCAAUGAAGUCCCGUCAUAAGGUUGAAGGAAGUCAGGAAUACCACAAACGAAUCCUUGUUCUAGGCGCUGGCAUGGUUUCUGCACCUUUAGUAGAAUGGCUACAUCGCGAAAAAGGUCUUUCAAUCACAGUAGCAUCUCAGGUCAAGGAUGAGGCCGACAGACUUGCACAGAAAUAUCCUGGAGUCGAAAGUCAGUACAUCAAUGUCACAGAGAGUACGGCACACCUCCAGGAACUCUGUGGAAAAGCAGACGUCGUUAUAUCUCUCCUUCCAUACAGCCUUCAUGGAAUCAUCGCAAGAUAUUGUGUUGAGGAAAAAACUCACAUGGUCACUGCCAGUUAUCUGAAUGACGAAAUCAAAGAACUCCACGAAGAAGCCAAGCGAAACGGAGUAACAAUUAUGAAUGAAGUUGGUCUUGAUCCAGGUAUUGAUCAUUUACUCGCAUUGGAGUGUAUUCAUGAUGUUCAAGAACAUGGUGGAGUUAUUGAAUCAUUUGUCAGUUUUUGUGGUGGAUUACCAGCCCCAGAACACUCUGACAAUGCCUUGAGGUAUAAAUUCUCAUGGUCACCGAGAGGUGUUCUGCUUAACACACUUUCCGCAGCGAAAUAUUUGAACAAGGGGCAAAUAGUUGAGAUCUCUGGAGGUGGAGAUCUUAUGUCGAAUCCUAAGAGUUUAGAAUUCUUACCAGGAUUUGCUCUUGAAGGCUUCCCUAACCGAGAUUCUACAAAGUACUCAGAGCUUUAUGGUCUUGGUAGAGAUAUUCAUACUUUGGUUAGAGGAACAAUUCGGUACAAGGGUUUCUCAGAAUGUAUUCAACCGAUGCAACUUUUGGGACUCAUCGAUCCCGAGCCACAUCCAAUGUUGCAUCCCGGAGGUCCUGAGGUGACAUGGAGGCAAUUAGUAACAAAUCUUUUGGGAUUGGCAGAUUCGAGUAUUUUCUAUGAAAAUUUAAAGCAAAAAUUGGUUGAUCGUGUUGGAAAUGCUGAUGGAAUUGAAAGUCUGGGACUCUUAGAUGACACUCCUGUAGUGAAACUUAAUACACCUUUGGAUACUUUGAGUCAUUAUCUUUCGAAGAAAUUGCAAUUCGAAACUUCUGAACGUGACUUGGUAAUUCUUCGUCAUGAAAUUGGUGUCCGUUGGAAUGAUGGACGUCGUGAAGAACGUGGUAUUAAUUUUGUAGCUUAUGGACAACCAAAUGGACAUUCGGCUAUGGCAAUGACUGUUGGAACACCAGCAGCUAUUGCUGCUAAAAUGAUUUUGGAUGGUGAAAUUCAAGAAAGAGGUGUUAUUUUGCCAUUUACACCGGAUAUUUAUCGACCAAUGUUAUCUCGACUGAGGCAAGUUGGACUGACAGCUACUGAAACUUCUAGGUGGCUGAAUUAAUUAAUAAACACUACAUACUUAAGAAUUGAUUGAGAGAAAAAAUAUAUAAGAGUAUUAAUUUAAGUCUUGUUUAGGUACGUCUUUUUGUUUUUAACUUAUUUAUAACGUAAAUAAAUAUUAUCAAAAUUUGUAAA